GCGACCAAGUGCAAGGUCCAGGCAUUUUCCGACACGCAGCAUGCUGGCGCGGUCGACUCGGGCGGUGACGUCGAUGGCGGCGACGCGGCGAUUGCUGCCGCGCGCCUUUUCGCUCGCUGGCUUCACCAAGGACGAAGAAGGCAUGUACAACAUUAGCACCAAGGUCGAGUGGGACGCGAUCGUCGCGACGGGCCAGCCGGUCGUCGGCGACUUUUGGGCGCCGUGGUGCGGCAAGUGCCGGCAGAUCUCUGGCUUUGUCGAGAUCCUCGCCGAAGACUAUCCCAACGUGGCCUUUGUCAAGAUGAACACGGGCGAAGAGGGCGUCCAAGACAUCAAGGCGGCGCUCGACGUGCAGGUGCUGCCAACCUUCCGCUUCUUCAACGGUGGCGUCGAGGUCGGGACGCCCGUGACCGGCUACAAGAAGACGCCGCUCGAGGAACAGGUCAAGGCGCUCGCUGCAUAGUGGCAACUUGCGGAAGUUGGCGGUCGUCAAUGUAUUCCCGUCAAUGAUUGCAUCCGACUGGACUUGGGCACGGA